AUCCCCAACACAAGUUUGGUUUUGCCUAUGCUUAUUACUGCACCGCCGUGGUAGUCCUCUUCAUCCCGAGCGCUGACGUGCAUCUGCGAUUGGAAGAGUAGGUCUUCAGAACCCAUCGCCUUCAAAAUCCUGCACCGAGAGAAGGUGAAUAAGGUUUUUGGGAAGCGUCUACACGUGACUGCUCGCGCUCUUCUCCAUAGCUACUGUCGACGUCGUCGACCCUCUCGCUUCCACGCUGUCAAUCACAUGAAAUGUGUGAUUGAAAGAUACAGCGAGGCAAGAGAGGAACACCGUCAGACUAUGAGCGCAAGUGCUGAGGCCAAGCUCUGGCAAAGCGAGGCAGAAAGCUUGAGGCAGCAACUGCAUAACUUAGAAGAGCACCAUCGGCAGUUGUUGGGUCAGCAGCUUUCUGGCCUGAACGUGGGAGAUUUGCAGAAUUUAGAGAAUAAGCUGGAGACGAGCCUAAGAAAUAUUCGUCUGAAAAAGGACCAACUUAUUUUUUAUCAGAUUCAAGAAUUAAACAGGAAGGGAAGCCUCAUGCACCAGGAAAGCAUGGAACUAUACAACAAAGUUAACCUUCUUCAUCAACAUAACACUGAAUUACGGAGAAAGGUGUAUGGACAAGGAGUAAAUAAUGAGCAAACAAGUACUACUGUUAGACACAGUACUCGGAAUACAGAGAAUCUUCCGAUCAAUCUUGAGCUAAGUGUGCAAAGGGACAAAUCAGAAACACCAAGUGUAGGGUGAGAUUUUUGUCCAAACUUCAGGAUAACUCAGAGUCAGUAAACCAGAUGAUUUAAUAAAGAACACUGAAAGUGCCAUAAGACUUUAAAUACAGUGAGGAUAACUAAACCGAGUGAUAAGAAAUGGAUAUCGUUGGUUGAAUUGCAAGACCUAACAGCUAAACUUUAAGCUGCUAGAUGCGAUUGUUUAUGUAUUAAGAAGAAUGUUGAUUUUAAUUUUGCUUUUCAUAUAAGCUUGCCAUGUAUGCUAUUGUAAAUUGUACUCUGAAUUAUAAGUCCUCUUGGUUUUCUAGGUACAUAGUUUUUUCUAUACACCUAGA